AAGCAGUUGGCAGUCUGAGUUCGUUGUGUGCGCUUAAAAAUUUCAUUUGUAAUAAAGUCUAGAACCAACUACAUAACAAUGGAACAAUUUAAAGGCCUUCAAAAAUCCCUAUACAUAUGGACGGAUAGCGGUGAACUGGACAAACGCGUACAGACACUGAAAGAAGCCACCGGCGGCGAGGUAGCUGUCGAGAACGUGCAUCGUCUGUCGUUUUCCUCCUACGCCAAUUCGUGUUUCGAUCUAAUUGUAAUUGAAUGCGCCCAAUUGACCGACAAUUACGUAAAAUUACUGCACAUGCUCAAACCGAGCGGCAAACUGCACUUGUUCGCUUACAUCGGACCAGCUGGCAGUUUGUUGCAAGAAAUCAAACUGUCUGGCUUCAUCAAUUGCAGCGAGGAUGCGUCGGCUAAUACGUUGACAGCUGAGAAGCCUGGCUAUGAGACAGGUUCAUCGGCUCGGCUAUCUUUUGCUAAGAAAUCACCUAGCAUGAAUGUCUGGAAGAUAAGCGGCGAUGAUGAGGAGCUAAUCGAUGAGGAGGAGUUGCUCGAUGAGGAGGACAAACAAAAACCCGAUCCAGCUGGAUUACGUGUCUGCAGCACUACGGGCAAACGUAAAGCAUGCAAAAAUUGUUCCUGUGGCCUUGCCGAGGAGUUGGAGGAUGAGAAGAAAACAAAAGCAGCAAGCGAGAAUGCAAAGUCCAGCUGUGGAAAUUGCUAUCUGGGCGAUGCGUUCAGAUGCUCCACUUGCCCCUAUCUGGGCAUGCCAGCGUUCAAGCCCGGCGAGAAAGUUCAACUGGCGGACAAUUUGCUGAAAUCUGAUAUUUAGGCUUAGGAUACAGUGCAUUCAGAUAGACUUGGACACUUUAUUAAGUGAAAUUUUAUAAUUAAAAAAUACAUUUCAUAAACAAACAUAAAA